CUCACGCACUCACGCACGCACGCACGCACGCACGCAGAGACGCACUUCGAUCGUCACUCGUUUGGCGUCACAAGAAGCGAGGAUUUCAUAGAUUUGCCUUUUGGUCUCCCCACGCUGCUGCAUCAGAGCAAAUUUAUUCUCAGUGUGCCACAAACAUGAUGCGACGAGUUGCGUGACGAUUUGCGUCUUUUUUAAAUUCAAUUAAGAUAUGUCAAAGAAGAGGAGUAUGGAUGUUUGUCUGCGUAGAUUGAAACAGGAGCUGGUGUCUAUGAAAGAAGCGGGAGAUGGUCUCCAUGCUCAGAUGAAUUCCAUGAUGGGUGCGCUCCAAGAACUCAAGCUCCUUCAGGUCCAGACCGCUCUAGACAACCUCAACCUAUCAGCUCGAGGACAGAGACAUCUGCAGGACGUGACAAAUUCUGACACAAUGUCGAUGAGUGCUUCAGACGCAGAUCCCAGGUUGUGCUUGUCCAACGACCCCAGCCCAAGUCCAGAGCCUUCUACGGAGUUGUCACAAAGCAGAUACAGUGAAGGGACCUUGUCCUCGUCUAGUUCUAGUCUGGAGAUGGAAAGAAGCGAAGAAGGAGACCUGGAGGCUGUACCGCGGAGAUGGUCGGGUUAUGAAGCACCGCAGGUGGAUUUCUAUGGACCCGCGGUAGGGAACCCUCCACCUGAGCCCUACAUGCAGCCUCCCAAGUGCGACCAACCGGUGGAUCUGCCAGGCAUCCUAUACAGCCUCUCCAGAGAAGGUCCAUCCUUGGACAAUGACUACUCUCAGGACAGCACGGACGAUGCUGGCGACUGGACUUCUUCGCUCAUGAACCAAAGCCGCAAUCGCCAGCCAUUAGUACUCGGUGACAAUGUCUUUGCCGACCUCGUAGGCAACUGGCUGGACUUGCCAGAAAUAGAACCCGAAGAAGGCAGGGAAGAAGAAAAGAAGAGGGAGGCAAGGGUGGCAGAGGGGGGCGGAGACAGAGCGGACACCCUGGCUCACCCCUUACGCCUCAGCCGAUCACAGGAGGUCUGCCGAAAGUUCUCACUCACGACCAACAUCUUCAAGAAAUUCCUCCGAGGCGUCCGUCCCGACCGGGACAAGUUGCUCAAGGAGAAGCCCGGCUGGAUGCCACCGGAGAUCUCAGAAGGCGACCUGGUUAAAAGGCCCAAAAAAGCAGCUCCAAAAAGCUCAAAAGGCAGCUUCUACCUGCCUUUCUGGGCCAACGGACAGCAAAGUAAAGGGCGGUCGGAAACACAUCCGAGUAGCCAAAUCAACUUCCAGCAGUUCCACGAGAAGCCGUUUGCAGGGAUUUACUUGGAUCGGAGGCCGUCAGAGGGUAGACUGCGGAAAAUGCAGCCCUUGUUUGACUACAACACAGCUGUAUGGGUCUGAUGGUUGGCCCGGUAGCGGGUGCAGGCUGAUUGAAUGACUGUUUUCCAAAACAUGAACUUCACACCUGCGAUCCUGGUGAUCAGGUUUUGUCUGACAAUCGGAAACCAUGUCUUUUGUAUACAAUCAUUGAAAUGUUCAAAACAAUCCCAAAUUUUUUCACUUGUUUCAGGAAGUCGGACGUGAUCUGACUAACUCAGUACCUUAAAGAGUUUUCCUACACACUUGAGCAGCAUGUGACUAUAUGCUCACAUCUUAAACACUUUGGGUUUUCUAACUGCUUGCAAUCUCUUUCCAAGGUCUUCUCUCAAAAGUGAGCCACAGUGUCACCAACCAUUAAUACAUCACAUGGGAUGGUAAAACUUGAAAAAAGCUUUUUUUGACAUGACGCUGUAAUUACAACCAGGUUACUGAGUGGACCAUCCAUUUUUGGACCAUCCCAUCAUUGCAUCAUUUGGGCCCAGCAGGGAACGAAAGCAAAAGAGUGCAUGACUAGUUCACUUCAGUUGAAUUUGUAGCGCUGUUUUCUUUUUGCCAGCUGUCAUGUCACAUAUUGUUAAUGACUCUUCUUUUUGUGUUCACACACUGAGUUAACUGUCAGUCCAAAUGGGCCACUGGCAGAAUGGAGGGGGGGGGGGGGGUUGAGCAUGGCACAACAUCGCACUGAUUGCCAUCUGCUAUCAGGACAUUGUGUAGAGAAUAAGACUGAACCUAAAUAUAUUUGCAAAAAUUCUGAAAUGUCUUAUAUAUGUACAUGUUACCUACACUUGGAACACUGAUAAUAGGGCAAUCUUAUAAAUGACAUCUUUUAAAAAAAAACAUUUCUAACUGACCAAUCAAAAGGAGCCAUCGGGGAUUAGGCUUCGGCUCUUCUGCAGUCUCUUGGCCAGUUGAUCCAUAUGCUGCAGUCUCAGGAUCCAGGUCACACACACAUUUUGCAAAAUGGCCUCACUCACUCUAUGCGGAUGUCGUGGGUACAUCUCUAGAGUUUUUGUUUUGAUGUUUCGCUUUUUCAUGAAGUGAUAAAUAUGUUAUGUGUUUUGUAGACUUGUCGCUUGACUUUUUGUAUACUCUAAAUAAACUUGAAAAAAACACUGAGUAGUGUUGUGCAUCA